AUGGAUAUCAGCCACCAGUACAGAGCGAUUCCUGAUCGCUCACCAAGCGUGAUACAGUCAGAGACAUACACGUACCGAGUCCCGACUCCUCCUCGCAUCAUCCUUCCGCCACCCCUCACCGAGCAUACGCUUCUACCCAAGUUCCCGCCAGUGCCUAUCCGCGGUCACGACGACUGGCCAGCAGGCGCAACCGACUUUACCAAACAUCUCGAUCUUCAUUCACUCGUCAGCAGGGGUGUCAUGGCCGAGUGGACAUACGUCAAGCGUCGUGAGGCUCAGCAGAUUCUACCUUUCCUAUACCUUGGGCCAGUGUACCCAGCGAAGGACCGGGACUUCUUGAGGGCGGAAGGAAUCACCAUGGUGUUGCUUCUUCAGAGCGGGUCGAACAUGCGCGGCGCUAUCAAAACAGCAGAUGCUCUAGGGAUCGCGAAGAAAAUCAUCGAUAUCAGAGACGUCCAAGACCUGAUACCCUCCUUCCCCCGCGCAACUCGGCUCAUCAACGAACACGUCGCUCUCACUCCAGGCAACGCCAAGGUCUUGAUAACAUGCGAAUCCGGGAACGAGAGAUCCGCGGCGGUGGUCGCAGCGUACCUGAUGGAGAUGUUCCAGAACGUCGACCAUAUCGUCGCCAUGCAGCUCUGCCAGGCCCGGCGAUUCUGCGUCAACUUCGACGAUGCGCUGAAGAUGCUGCUACGGUCGUACCACGACAUUCUGGAGGCGAAGCGCGCUGUGAAUGGACUCAGUUACACCUUCGCCGACGACAUCUCUUCGCAUGAGAACGGCAAUGACAGUCACAAGCGAGGAGUUGAUGAAGUCUGGAAUGAAGGGAUGGAACUUGAUACUGCUCACGAGAACAUGGAUGCUGCGAGGUUUGACGGGAACGGCUAUGCGCCCUUCCGCGAUGCAUGA